GCCAAAUUCAUUGCAAAUUUGCAACGCCAAGCGGUUGGAAACCCUCAAUUCCCCUUCAAUUCGCAGCGCAGCACUUCUCUCGCACAAAAAAACACGUCUUCGAGUUCGCGAGUUAAUCUCUCCAAACUGAGGCCCGACUGACAGGUGCAGCGGCACUAGAAGGACUGCGUCAUUGUCUUACAUACCUGACCUGCAGACAGAUCCCAGCUCGCGUUGUUCCCUCCAGAAGCAGCUAACCCGCUCGCGCCGUAGUCAGACGCUUAAGUGGUCAGACCUGUCUCGACUUCGCGAGGCAGAUCCGACUACGACGACUAUUAGAUCUCGCAUUGCUCCCCUUCUCAUUCUCUUCCCUGGACCGGGCCUUCUUCAAUAACAAACAGAUGGACUACACCGGUUCCAGUCGCGAGGCGCAGCAUCUCUGCGUGCUUGUGCAUGGGUUAUGGGGGAAUCCUAACCACCUCGAGGUCAUGGCUAAAUCUCUGAGAGAAAAGCAUCCAGAAGAAAACUUACACAUUCUCGUUGCUAAACGCAAUAGUGGAAGCUUCACUUACGACGGAAUCGAGUUGGGUGGCGAGCGGGUCUGCCAGGAAAUAGAGGAGGAGAUUGAGAAGUUGGCAAAAGCCAGCCAAGAGAUCAAGAGGAUCUCUCUCAUUGGGUAUUCCCUCGGUGGUCUUGUUGCCCGUUUUUGUGUUGGUUUACUAUACAGCAAAGGAUUCUUCGAAAAGAUCACGCCAGUGAAUUUCGCAACCUUUGCAACACCUCAUCUCGGUGUGCGGACCCCUCUCCGUGGAUGGCAUAAUCAUAUUUGGAACGUUCUGGGUGCGCGAACUCUCUCUGCUUCAGGAAGGCAGCUGUUUACCAUCGACAACUUCCGCGAGACAGGCAAACCAUUGCUCGAGGUUCUCGCGGACCCCGAGUCUAUAUUCAUUAAGGGGUUAGCAUUGUUUGAGCGGAGGACACUGUAUACGAACGUCGUCAACGAUAGGAGUGCAGUGUAUUACACAACGGGAAUCUCAAAGAGCGACCCCUUCACCAACCUGGACAAAGUCAAGAUCAACUAUUUGAAAGGUUAUGAAGACGUUGUUCUGGAUCCCCAAGCUCCAGUCGAACCAAUCGAACCAGAGGAAACAGACUCCACUGGCUACGGAAACAUCAUUCGAAGCUCUCAAACUACCAUUGGCCGCCUUCCGCUCUUCCUGGCUAUGAUAUUUUUCAUUCCCGUCGGAGUUGUAGCCUUUCUGAUCAAUUCUGGGGUUCAAUCUCUCAGAAGCAACCGAAGAAUUCGACUCCAUGAACGAGGUCUCGCUGGAAUCCAGCCUAGCAACUACCGAGUCCCUCUCCUCAUUACAGGAAUGCGAGAAGCGGUCGAGGAUGUCUACGAGAAUCUAAACAGCGCCCAAGACAACGAGUACCUGGUCGUUGGUACUGAAGAAGAGGCAGCUCAAGAGGAGCCAGCGGACCGACCCCAGUCAUCCCGGGGACAAUUAAAGUCAAACAGCUCUGCUGACGACGAUCAUCCAGAGAAGCCUGGGCCUCGACAUGAGGCGCCAACCCUCGCUUUAGCUCCAUAUCAAUUUCAAAUGGUUCAAGCCUUGGACAACGUUGGCUUCCGAAAGUAUCCGGUUUACAUUCACAAGGUGAGACACAGUCACGCUGCCAUCGUUGUGCGAGUCGACAAGCCGAGCUUUGAUGAAGGCAGAGUAGUUCUCCGCCAUUGGCUGGACGAGGAGUUCCUCCUGUGAGAGGGUGUGGUGGGGAAUGAAGCAUGAUGGGAAUGAUUAACGAUGCCUGGACCGCGAGUUAUUGCUGCAUUUGGAGCGGGUCUAUUAGAUUGGAUUUUCUUAUUUCUAGCGAUUGGCGUGCAUGGAGGUGCUGCUUUUACUUCUUGCAGCUUUUGAGGAAGCUGGUCCAACAUGUAAUAUAGCCCAAUCGAAUGGUACAGUCGAGAUUCACUCGCUGCUUGAGUGUGAGCUUGAGGUUUCAAAGUAAUAACACCGCUUCCUCUUCAUUGCAC